CGUCUUUGUUUCAAAGCAGCUUCUUGUUGAGGAAGGAGAGCGGGCGCCCCGGGCCUCGGGACUCGGCGGCGGAGCUCCGGCGUCCGGCUGGAGCUCCUUGAGCUGCAGAGAAGGAGGCGGAGGCCCGGCUGGCGGUGCUGCCCGGGAAGCUGUGAGUUUCCCAGACGGAAACCGAGUGGAGAACGUGGGGGGAAGCGCCUGCACCUUGCCUCCAGCCUCGUUUUGUGCCGAGAGAGAGGAAAGGCGAUGGGACCCUCCCCGGGGGCUUCUGGAGCAUCACCUCACAAACAGCCCGCGCCCCGCCCAGUGCCGCCCACAUGGCCGCUGCCUCCGUCCCCGCGUCCCUGCCCUGCGCUGCCCGCCGCCCCUGAGAUGUCGGCAUCCGCUAAGCCCGCGGCCCUGGCAGAGCUGGCUCCGGGCCCCGGUGAGAAGCCGGGGGGACGGCCGCUCCUGGCCUGGGGCCCCGUGUUCGGCCACCGGAGUGAGAAGAUCGCGUUUGGCCAGAGCGAAGGUGGCCCCGACGAGCAGGUGCUCACGGUCACCGUCACCGAGACGACUGUCAUCGAGGCGGACCUGGGCGUGUGGGGUGCCCGCGCCCUCAUCUACCUCACACUCUGGUUCUUCUUCAGCUUCUGCACCCUGUUUCUCAACAAGUACAUCCUGUCCCUGCUGGAAGGGGAGCCCAGCAUGCUAGGGGCCGUGCAGAUGCUGUCAACCACGCUCAUCGGCUGUGUUAAAAUAUUUGUUCCCUGCUGUUUGUAUCAGCACAAAACCCGGCUUUCUUACCCUCCCAACUUCAUCAUGACCAUGUUGUUCGUGGGUCUCAUGAGGUUUGCAACAGUGGUUUUGGGUCUGGUCAGCCUGAAAAAUGUGGCGGUGUCCUUUGCUGAGACGGUGAAAAGCUCGGCCCCCAUCUUCACUGUGAUCCUGUCCCGGACCGUCCUGGGGGAGCACACCGGGCUGCUGGUCAACCUCUCGCUCAUCCCUGUCAUGGGCGGCCUGGCGCUGUGCACGGCCACCGAGAUGAGCUUCAACUUCUUGGGGUUUUCGGCCGCCUUGUCCACCAACAUCAUGGACUGUUUGCAGAACGUUUUCUCCAAAAAGCUCCUCAGCGGGGACAAAUAUAGGUUCUCGGCCGCGGAGCUGCAGUUCUACACCAGCGCGGCAGCCGUGGCCAUGCUCGUCCCGGCCUGGAUCUUCUUCAUGGACUUGCCGGUGAUCGGGAGGAGCGGGAGGAGCUUCCGCUACAGCCAGGACGUGCUGCUGCUGCUGCUGGCGGACGGCGUCCUGUUCCACCUGCAGAGCGUCACGGCCUACGCCCUCAUGGGGAGGAUCUCCCCCGUGACCUUCAGUGUCGCCAGCACCGUCAAGCACGCCCUGUCCAUCUGGCUCAGCGUCAUCGUUUUCGGCAACAGGGUCACCAGCCUGUCAGCCGUGGGCACCGUGCUGGUGACAGCCGGAGUCCUGCUCUACAACAAGGCCAAGCAGCAGCAGCGGGAGGCCAUGCAGAGCCUGGCUGCGGCCACCAGCCAGUCCCCGGACGGCAGCCCGGAGCCGCUGCUCCCCCCGGACCCCCGGCCACGCCACUGAGCCCCGCAGCCUCAGGGGCGCCGCGCACCACGCCCCUCCUCGCCAGCGGGGCACCCCCUUCGCCUCUCCCGCUCCCUGGACGGCAGGCGUGGGGCCUCCGGCUCCACGGGUCACGGUCCGGGUGUGGGAGGUGCAGGUGGGCAGCCUUUCCCGCUCUUUUCUGGGACGUUCGGUCAGAGCUGGGGGAGCUCGAAUCAGGCUCCCAGAUGUCAGCCCCUGGGGCGCAGACCACAGCUGCCACUGAGCCGUUGCCGAGCCACGCGAGAACCUCCUCCCGGCGGCCUCUGCGCACCCCCUGCAGCCAGGCCAGGCCCCGACUCCUCUGUGGGUGACGACCGCUGGGGACAGCUGCGAAGCCGGGGCUGCAGCCAGGUGCCAGCGGCCGCCCUCCCCGCUUGUAGCCGGCGGAGAGAACCUGCUUCCCCACGCCAGCCAUCGGCGGCCACCGGAGGUACGUCCGGCUCCUCGGCCGUCAGGGAGUCUGUCCGCUGGGCUCAGACAGGCUGCCCCACUGCCCGGACACGGAGGCCACGGCAUCGGGGCACAGAGCGGAGAGGGGACAGCUGGGGUGCAGAGACCGGGGUUCCCUGCUCCUGAGGAUGGAGUGUCCGGCCCCGGCCUCCCGGCCUCCCGGCCUCCCUGCCUCCCGGCCUCCCUGCCUCCCGCCCGAGGCGGAGCUGCCCGCAUCAGCACCACUUAGGGAAGGUCACUCGCGGAGCGAAGGCGGCCCCACCCCUUUCCGUGCCUGCUGCGCUGAGCUUCUCGCCUCCUGGAGGUCCAGCCCUCACCUGCGGCCGGGGCGUCCCCAGAGGCCCCGACGUGGUUUCCAGCCCGAGGCUGCGGGCAGCGCCCCGCGGUGUUUGGCUCAGGGAGGGGGCUCCUGUCCCUUCUGCUCCCCUGGUUGAGAGGCAGGCUGUUCGGAGCGCCCCCCGGGAGCACGCGUCCCCACUCAGCUGGUCAGGAGCCUUGCCUUGUCUCAUCAACGAGGCUUUGAGGAUUUUCCCUCGUGAAUGAUGAGCAGGACGAGUGUGGAAUAUUUACAGUUUUUGUUAUGCUGCGUUUAAAAUGACAGUGUAGGUUUUUAAAAGGAAACACAGGCAUAGGUGGCUUCUGGAACGCAUCGUGUAUGCCAGGUAAACCACAGUCAGACCCGCGGCCCGGGCCGGCCCUCCUCCUCCAGAGCAGACAGACGGACGGCCAGGUGUUUGAGGCCUGUGGGGGGCUGAGGCUCCACCCCUCGCUUCACCCCUUGCCUCGCAGCCUGUUGGGAUUUAUGAUCGGGACGCAGCCCCCUCCCUCCCACCAGGCUCGAGCUCUGGGGCUUGUCGGGUGCAGCCCUACUCGGGGCCGCAGGCUGGCCACCCGGCCAUCUCCAGCCAGCCUGCGGACAGAGCCACCCGAAGGCAUAAAUCGUUCCCUGAGUCUCAGGCAACAGUCCCAGCUGUUCGGGGCCUGGGCUCCCUGAUUGCUUCUCUGGUUUUCCAGUUGGCUUCUCAACUGGAAAAUAUACAAUAGCCCCUCCUGGAGAGCAAAUCUCUUGGAAACAAAGAGCAAUAACUACAUCUCAUUAAGUUCUGCUAACUUUAAAAAGCUUGUAAUGAUGAUGGAUUAAAAUGAGGCCUUUUAAACUACAAACAACCUUUUUACGAAGCUGACCUCCUGCUCCAGAGGACGGCGGGUCACACGCACCUUCACUGUGCAGGGGUUGCUCGUGUGACUUUCCCAGGUUUUAUCCCUUUCCUCUUUUUCUGCUUCCCCCCAAAACAAAACUAAAGAGGAUUCUUUGGCGGUAGCUGGGGUGGCCGGCUGGUGCAUUGAUCUGUGAGGACCAGAGAGAAAGCACCGUUUCCCUGGGGCUGCUGCCUCUGCGCUCAGACUGUGGCCACUGUGCCCACGGCUGAUGGUGAGACGUGAACAGAAGGGGCACAUCUGUGGUCGCCCACGGCAGACUGUCAUCUGAGUGUGGUCAGGUGCCAGCCGCCUGUGUCCGAGUGUUGUUAGGGACCUGGGUCCCUGCCUCCCGUGGACGUGCCCCUCCCUCCACUCUCAUCCUGUUUUGAUGUUCUAGAUAUUAGGACCAAGAAAGAUUUUCCUAAAUUAUUAGUAAAUGAGGCAAUUUCUAGCAAAGCUGCUUUUGAGACUUCUCCUCAUCCCGGGUGGGAGACCACAAAACAUGUGCUGCAGCUGCAUUCUGUCUGCAUCUCCACCCCUAAGUCGUCCACAUGUUGGGCGUUUCCGGGACAGCCCUGCGCCGAGAGUCAAAACCCGCAGCCUGGCAAUGGCAUUUGUUUAAUAACCGUACAGACACGUUUUUAAAUUAACUUUGUUUAGUAGUUUUUUAGGAUGUUCUUUUCACUGAACCAUCGCAGGCGUGCUCGUACCAGUGUUGACACUGGGUGUCGUGUGUUACAUUGGGUCCAUUCCUCCUGUGUCUUUGGUCGUUGUCCGUGCCUUUGUAAACAAACGCUUGAACCAGGCUUCUGAAUCUGGUCAUCUGCUUACUUACAUUGAUACUUAGAGAUGUAGAGAUCUCUGGCUUUCAAGGAAAUUUCCACUACUGAGUGGCAUAAAAAAGGCUUUUUAAAAAAAGAAUUCUGAUAGUCAUAAUUUCCUGCAUAUCAGCAUUAAAAUCAUCUGCCUUGGAAAGCUGAGAAUACUCUUGCACAAUCCAACAUGUGUCUUUAAUUUGUGAAUCAAACAGUAAAAAAUUGCUGCACGAGGAAUAUCAUCCACAUGGAGCCGUGCUCGUCACCGGCCCUUGAAAUACUUUCCCCAAACUGGUGGGCUUUCCCUCCUGUGCGGCGCUGACUGUCCCAUGGAUGGUCAUUUAUAGACGGGCCAGAGGGGAUCAAAGAAAUGCAACAUGUCUUUUUACAUCUGUCCAGGGGCUGUGCUUCCUGAUGCCUGAAAGUAUUUUCACUGUUCCCCUGGGUUGGAAAAAUUAAACAAGGAUGUUAUUACAGGUAGAAACUCUCCUCUCUUUUUGCCUUUGACCAACAUUGUGCUCAGGGCUCUGUUCUUUUCCAAAACACGUACAUGCCCUGGUUGGGACCUCUUUGUUUUCUUAGUUUAUAAAUAAGAACGUCCCAGCUCCCCUGAAGAGUCUGCCUAUUUCUCUAUCCCGGCUGAGGAGCCGAGAGCAGAGUCAUGAGGUCGUGCUGACCAUCGCUUGGCUUACUCGCCCUGCAGCUCAGGGUGCAAAACCUUCCAGUUUGCUGUCUCUGUCGUGUCUCCUCCUCUUCUCCUGAGGGCUGAGAUUCUGAGUUUGAUGGCCACUGGCUCCAUGCCUAGAUGUCCAAACUGAGUUGGAAACUGUUCUAAUUGGCAAAGUCUUUGGGGUUUUUUGGGUUUUUUUCCCCAGUUUUCAUCAGAGGAAAACUGGCAUUCAGCUGAUGUGCUAUUUCUAGACUGCAGAUGUGUGAGUAGUGUCUGCUCCCGCCCAGGGCAGUGUUGUGGGCACCACGUUGCAGAGGGCCACAGUGAGAGUGACUUUCCCACACUGAAAAACUUGAAAAUUAUAUCAGUAAUUGUCUAUAUCAGAACCAAAUUAUAUGUGCUUUAUACCAAACAAAACUGCGGAGAACUAAAAGUACAUUGUGCAAAAUGUCUAUAGUGUUUUGUAUUUCACCUAUUUCAGUAUUUAUGUGAUUAGAUGAAUUCUUUCUAGAAAAUGGUGGUUAAAUAAUUGUCACUGUUAAUUCUGCUAUGGUAAUACAUGGAUGCUGUACAGUGAAUCCUGUGGAUGCCCCCUGGUUAUUUUCGUCUAAAUUAAGCCACCAUGGUAGCAACUAUCUAGGACUCUUGUUAUGCAAAAGUAAAAUAAAUGUUCAGCGUGUA